UUUUAAAACCCAUAAUAAACAUGAGAAGUGCUUAUAUAACAAUUUUGUUGAUAGCUACUGCAUUUCUUAUAUUAGUAGCAGCUUUGAUGGCAUUACUAAUAGGUUUAGUUCUUCCAAGACAUAUGCUAGACGAAGAAGUGCAUCAAGAGGAACAGGAGGUAACUGAAGAAGUAUUUUUCGAUCAACUUAGAAGAAAUGCUCAUCGAUCGUAUGGUAGUAUUGACGAUUACAAUUGGCUGGUUUCUAUAAACUUUCUAAGAUAUCGGGACAUUCCCACCAGUUUGGAGUUUUUCUGCAGUGGUGUAAUUAUAUCUCGUAACAAAAUUCUUACUACAAGCGGCUGCUUCAAAGAAACAUUCACAGAUGAGGAUUUCAAGUAUGCGACAAUAAGAUCUCACAGCGCCCAUUUUAGUACUGGAGGUUAUACCCAUUCGGUUAGAAGUGUUCAGAAAGCUAAAAACACUCUGAAUUCUCCGUACAAUGAAGUGUAUUUGGUUGAAGUAAAGCCGAGCUUUAGCUCAAAAACUAACACACCUUUAUUAAUAACUACUUGUGGUGCCCAAGUAGCUUUAGAAACAAUGAGUGAAGGUGGUGCGUUAGUAUUAACGGGCUGGGGUGGUCCACGGAUUCCUACCGAACAUAUUUUAAAAUAUGAACCUUUCUUCGUACAACGUUGGUUUCCAAAAGAAUAUAUCGAUUGUAAGGGCAAUAUGUGUAAUAAUCAAUUACCGAAUGUAGUAACUACUUGCUGUAAUGAAGCACACUUGGUGGAAUCUCUUAGAGAAACAUCUCGUUUGAAUGCUAGACCAUUAGUGGCUAUUAGAAGAUUAGGUCCACCUUUAUUUAUUGGAAUGCAAAUCGAUUCAUCGUCUUUAAGCAAAUCAGAUCAGACACAAUAUUUCAUAGAUUUUGGUUACUCCAAGUUUGUAGAAUGGCUACGAGAAACUCUACCGGAUCUAAUAGUUGAGGAAACAGUUCAUAUUAGACAGAAUUUCGAAAUAUUGACUUUAUAUAAUAAAGUCGAUUUCGAAACAUAUUCGGAUGAAAGAAGUGCAGUCGACGUAAAAUCCAAAUCUAAAAGAUCGAUUAAGCAAUGUAGUUCAAAUAUGAACCUGAACAAUACUAUUAUUAAUAAAAUUUGGAAUUGCUUUAUUCCAGAUUAAAGAAUACUACUAAUUCUGUGAACAUGUUUAUAGUUAGUAAGUUUCUCCGUAGUACAGACUUUUAUAUCUACUUGGAAUUGGUAGCAGUCACAUUUCAAUUUUAUAUAUAUUUCAUUGAAUUGAGUGUAAGUAAAUAUGGAAUUAAAUCAUACUUUUGUUAUAA